AUUCAAUUCAUUUCAUUCCCUACCUGUGCGUUGUACGGUUGUUGUAUCUCGUAAUAAUUAUUUGCUUGGGUCCGGUGUGGCAUCGGUGUGGUGUUGUGAGCUUAGCGUGGUAUUAUUUUUUGAUGAAAUCAAAAUUACAUUUGGUGGAUUUAUAGUUUUGUUUGUAAAUUAGUGUUUAUUGUGAAUCACGUUACUAAUAAAGCCUUAUAAACAAUUAUGGAAUUGUUGCAGGGCGGCAACCCCGGAGCGCUGCAGCCGCCGCUCCCCCCGGGGAUGAUGGCGCCACCCGCCGCGCCCGGCCUGGCCGUGCCCGGCCUGGCGGGGCUACCCACGCUGGCCGGGUUGCCCGGGUUGACGGCCGGCUUGCCCGGGCUGGCGGCCGGCCUGCCCGCCGGCCUGCCCGGCCUGCCCGGUGGACUGCCCGGUGGCUUCCCUUCGGCGCCCAUCUACGACUUGCAGCAGGUCGGAGAUGUGUUCACAGGUCCGGGCGCGAAGUGCUCGACGCUGCCCGCCAUACUGGGCGGCUCGCUGCCGCGGCUGUCGUCGGAGCAGGCCGAGGCGGUGGCGCGCGCCAAGAAGUACGCCAUGGAGCAGAGCAUCAAGAUGGUGCUGAUGAAGCAGACCCUGGCGCACCAGCAGCAACAGAUGGCGUCGCAGCGGACGCAGGUCCAGAGGCAACAGGCGCUCGCUCUCAUGUGCAGAGUAUAUGUGGGCUCGAUAUCAUUUGAGUUGAAGGAGGACACGAUCCGGCAGGCAUUCCUUCCGUUCGGGCCGAUCAAGUCGAUCAACAUGUCGUGGGACCCCGUCACACAGAAGCACAAAGGUUUCGCGUUCGUCGAGUACGAGAUCCCCGAAGCAGCGCAGCUCAGCCUCGAACAGAUGAACGGAGUCAUGCUGGGCGGCAGGAACAUCAAAGUGGUCGGCCGACCCUCGAACAUGCCGCAGGCGCAAGCUGUCAUUGAUGAGAUCCAGGAGGAAGCCAAACAGUACAACCGCAUAUAUGUUGCAUCCAUCCACCCGGAGCUCACUGAAGAUGAUAUUAAAAAUGUUUUUGAAGCUUUCGGGCCGAUCACAUAUUGCAAACUGGCGUACGGCGCGUCCGCGCACAAGCACAAAGGUUACGGGUUCAUAGAAUACGCCACGCUGCCCGCCGCGCUCGAGGCCAUCGCGUCCAUGAACCUGUUCGACCUCGGCGGCCAGUACCUGCGCGUGGGCCGCGCCAUCACGCCGCCCAACGCGCUGGCCGGCCCGCCGCAGCCCUCCGCCAUGCCCACGGCCGCCGCCGUCGCCGCCGCCGCCGCCACCGCCAAGAUCCAGGCCAUGGACGCCGUCGCCAGCAACGCCGUCGCGCUCGGCCUCACCAAGCUCAACGCGCUCGGCGUGUCCCCCGCCGCCGCGCUGCCCUCGCUGGCCGCCGCGCUGCCCGCCGCGCUGCCCGGCGCGCUGGCCGGGCUGCCCACGCUGCCCACGCUGCCCACGCUGCCCGCGAUGCCGGCCAUGCCCGCGCUGCCGGCGAUGCCCGCGCUGCCGGCGGGCGCGGCGCCGCUGCCGCCGCCGGGCGUGGUGAUCCCGGCCGCGCCACGCGAGGCGGGCGGACCGGGCGGGCCGGGCGGGCCGGCCGGGGCCGAGGCGGGCCAGCAGGCGGCGCUGCAGCGCAAGUUGCUGGACUCGUCGCCCGACACGCUGCAGCAGCAGGAGUCGCUGAGUAUCUCGGGGCAGUCGGCGCGCCACCUGGUCAUGCAGCGCCUCAUGCGGCGCCGCGCCUCGCGGACCGUGCUGCUCUGCAACAUGGUGGAGGCCGAGGAGGUGGACGAGGCGCUGCACCACGAGAUACAGGAGGAGUGCUCCAAGUGGGGCCGCGUGGAGAGACUCGUCAUCUACAACGAGAGACAGAACGAGGACGACGACCCCGCGCACGCCAACGUCAAGAUCUUCGUACAGUUCGCCGAGCCCGACGAGGCCAUGGCGGCGGCGGGCGCGCUGAACGGUCGCUACUUCGGCGGGCGCACGGUGCGCGCCGCGCUGUACGACCAGGACCUGUUCGACCACGGCGACCUGUCCGGCUAGCUACGCCCGCCUCGCUACCGCGGGGACUAUACAUAACUUCUAAUGUGAUAAUUCUUUCGAUUAAAUACUGCUCAUUUGUA